GCUUCUUCACAGCACAAAACGCGCGCAAGUCAUACUAGUAAAUCCGGAUGUGGAUUGCGGAUUCGAACGCGCGUCAGCAUUUCGUGUUACCGACAUGAUGUCCCUUACGUACACUGUGCAGAGCUUUCCCGCCAAAUCUGUGACGCUGGAUGUCCGACACCAUUUUGAGCAAGGGGUUGUGGUGGUACCGGCUAUGGUGCGCGCUUGGGACUUGGCUCCAAGGGUUGAAACAUUGCCAUGGCUGUACUACUUUGGUGAUGCGAAUGGUUGGUUAUUACGGACUAACAUCGCAUCGAAGGUGUCCUUCACUAGUCAGGGUUCGGAGUCUGGGAGAAUCUCGGAUAUCAUAAUCGUCCUUUCACAGUACAGUCUGAAUGGGACCUGGCUUGGAUUUCAGAACCUCACCGGGCAACUGCAGUUAUGCGACACGAAAAGGGAGGCGGCAAGCGAGUGGGUUAAAUUUGGAACCAACUUCAUCAACGAGUGCGAAAUGAAAUUGGAGGAAAUCGAACAGCUUUCAUCGGAGCCCGUCUUCUACGAUGCAUAAUGUGUACUAUGCGAAUGGGUGGGGCUAUGUGGCAUUGGUUUGCAGGGCAACUAUCAUGUUCACUAUUUGGAAUGCAAGGAAUGCAGUGGUUUUCAAGGGGGAGAAGGUUGGAAAGUUGGACUGCAGACGGCUUGGGAAAAUGCUGGUUGGAAACCUACAAAAGGGUUCACCCUGGAGAGGUACGGAAUACAGUUGAAGUACGGGCUCACAGACUUGGAGGAAAUCAGGGUGAAACUUAGACCUCCACCUCAAGAAGGGCUACCUCAUAUUCCCUGCUUGGUAGGGAACGGUCUUACCCUCCGUGAACUGAGGAUUGAUCCAGCAGUCUGGUUUUGGCAUGUGGAAGAGUCCUGCAUCAAGGGGCUGGAGUCUUUAUCUUCUGCAUUAAAUAGGAUGAGGUCAUCGUCCCCCGGUGCACGCUGUAAAAAGAUUGCUCAGUGCUGGGAAAAAGCGGUUCCGGAUCUCGCCCCCCCGUCUGAGCCGGAACUUCUCAGAUUGUGGACCCAGCUUAAAGACAUCCCGUCCCAGAAGCUGGCCUCUCUGCUGUGGUUACAAUCACAUCUCGCGGUGCCCACUGUGCUGUGGUUGAGAGAGAAAGGGAUGGAGGUUGAUCCCCGGUGUGACAGAUGCCUUGCCGCUCAGGAAUCAAUGAGCCACCUUUGGUGGGGUUGUCCCAAGUCAAGGAAAUGGUGGGACUGGUGGGAGAAGUAUUGGAGGUGGAUCACAGGUGAUGAGAUUUUCACAGGCCAGAGAUGGGUCUUAUUGGGUGGAAUGCCUCAGAACCAAAGCAGCAGAGAAGGGUGGGGUUAUGUGGCUCAAAUAGCCAGAGCGGCGAUGCUGUGGGUCAUCUGGCUGGACCGGAACAGCCUCAGGUUCAAUGGAGAAGUCAUCCCAGAAAAACAAGCGGAGGUGAAGUUCAGAGGGCUCCUGGUCACAGCAAUCAGGGCGGACUGGUCCAGGAAAGCAGCAGCGGGCAGGCGAAUGAAAGGUCUGGAGUGGUUUCGGAACACUUGGGCCCAGAGUGACAAGAUAGUAUCUAUCUCCACAGGAGGGAGUCUGGUCUUUAGUGGUUGGUUAGAGCACGGGUAGGGGAUAGGCUAGGCUGAGGGAAUGAACCAGGGCACUCGGU